GUGUGUAAUGAUUAGUCUGUUCAUGGUAUCACGUAAAUUGAAUGUAAGAGCCUGCUUGGCAGGGCGCCGUUAGUUGGGAUGGUGCACAAGGAAUGUAUUUUAUUCUUGGGAUUUAUUUUUACAGGUUAUGACCCAGUUAAACAAUGAUUGAUCGUGCACAUUGACGGUUUAUAUAUUGUAGAUAAAAGAAGGAAAAUUUUGUGGAACAAACAAAAGGUUAUGGAGCUAGGUAGAUGCCCAUCACCUGACGCUGGGGCAGAAUGUAGCCCCACAGUUGAAAGGGAAAAGUCCCCAAGUCCAUCGAUUGAGCGAGGUGCCUCACCAGAACCAAACUGUGCUAUCUGUCUGGGGAAGUCACGGAACAAAUGUUUUACUGACAGUUGCUUGCAUCAGUUCUGUUUCAACUGUCUGCUUGAAUGGUCAAAGGUUAAGCCAGAGUGCCCUCUCUGCAAGCAAAGCUUUAAGUCUAUAAUCCAUAAUGUCCGUUCCAAUGAGGACUAUGACCAGUAUCACCUGCAUCCUGCAGCAGAGAACCCAUACCCAUGGGUGAACAUGAUCAAUAUUGACAUGGUGCAGCAGCCGUUCCGAUACAGAACUACUUUUACCCCCAACCGUCGGUUGGAAAGGGUACUGGAACAUCUGGAUCAGCGGGAUCUGCGGCACAGGAUGGAACCUGGUGAUGUUUUGCCGGCCCAGAGAACCUUUCGUCGCCGACGUGGACUGGUUCCAAAUGAGUUCAGGAUGAAUGUUUACAAUCAGAAUCUGUGGCUGACCACACUGCCCAGUGUGGGCCUCCCCAGGGAUCUAUCUCCUCAGAACUUUAGGAAUCAUCCUGAGGAGGUGCAUCGUUUAAUCCCGUGGCUGAACAGAGAGCUUCAGGUAAUCUUACGAAGCCCUGGGUUGUCUGCACGUGUUUUGAACCUUGUAAUCAGUCAGCUGCCCCAUAACCACAUGCUGUCAGAAGAGUUCCGACUCCCACUGUCUACCUUCCUCAGGCAUCACUGUGACCACUUUAUUCAUGAGUUCACUUCUUUUGCUGGCUCGUCUUAUGACAUGGUUGGCUUCGAUGAAAAUGCUCAUUACACAGUGCCUAACAACUUUGGGCAGGAUAUGGUGCAUGAAGUUCUAUCUGACAGCUCUGACAGUGAUGUGGUAAUUCUACCAUCACAUGAGAGCCAUUCCCCAUCCAGAUCUCACAGGAGGAGGACUUCCACAGCACCUCAAGGCUCAAACAGGAGGAGGACUUCCCCAGCACAUCAGGGCUCAAGAUCUCCUGUAGCUGGUCCUUCCAGGAAUGUGCUUCCUGUAGACCAGGCAAGUGACAGUGAUAUCAAUAAUUUGAGCAGUUCCCAUAGUGACACGUCUCUCCCUAGUAUCCUGCAGCAUCUUCCCACAAGCAGUGGUCAUGAAGAGGAUCAGCCAUCACAGUUGAAUGAGGAUUGUAACUCAGAUGACUGUGUCAUUGUGGGCUGUGUGAAGCCUCGUCAUGAGAGGACACCCGAAGUCAUUACGUUGCUAUCGUCUGACCCAGAGGCAGAUGAAGGUGAAGUGAUGGAGUUGGCCCAGAUGACGUGCACAGGCUCCAGUGACCGCAGUUACAGUCAUGCAUUUUCCACAUCAGCAAGCUGUCCAGAAUCAUCAGGAUCGGAAUACAACCCAGUCUUCGUUCGUAAAUCUCAGAAGAAGAAGAAGAAAGCUCAGCACAAGAGGAAAUCUGGCAAUACAGCAAAGUCUAAGGGUCAUAAAGCCAGGAAAACUACAGCAUCUGCAAAAAAACAUGUUCUUAGCAACCAAGAUCAUUCUAACAUUGACUCUGAUUCAUUGGUGUACUCAUGUAAUGGCAAAAAUUCCAAUCGGCAACAGAGCGCAUUGUCAUCAUCAACUUGUACCGCUUCCAGUAGUGAUAGUUGCAGCUCCAGCAUUAGCAGCAACCCCACUUACAUCUCCCGGUCCUUGCACAGCAGCCAUAAACGGCGCAGAAGCAGACAUUCAUCUCAUAGGAACAAGAAGGAAUCGUGGAAAAUACAGGUAAACAAGCCAGAUACAAAGCAGGAGUACGACUACUCAGGCAAGAACUACGAUACACCUUCUACCUCUUCUGAGGUCAACAGCAGCAUUAACAGUUUUGACAGGCGACCUAAGCUGCGUAGCAUUGUGAUCUCGCGGGCUGCAAAUGGUGAUGGCAAAUACCCAGAGUCUUCUGGUGGCAGUAGCCAUGACAGACGGCAGAAAAGUUUGACCAAGAAAAGUCAGUCUCAGAGAUGGAACAUAGUAUUGAAGAAGGUAAAAGAUGAUUCAAGUGCAGAACCUUCUACAUCUGGUAGCAGUCACCACCACAAAGAUCGUUCAUAUGUGUCUCAGUCUGCUCACAGGUAUGAUGGAAGUGGUAGGUACUCCAGUAAGUCAGGCAGAAAUGCUAGACAGAAGCACAACAAGAAAGAUGAGAAAGACAAUAAGCAGAAGAAGAGGAUAGACUCAGAUUCAUCUGUGGGGAGGGAGGAACAUGUGCUGAAACCAAAAAAACGAAAGAGGAUCUUGUCUUUGUUUACUGACUCUUCAGAUGACUAAGGUUGAUGCACUGUUUUAUAUGUAGCUAUAGUUUAAAUAAAUUUAUCAUUCCCAAAAGUCAAUUGAGGAGUGAAACAAGUUCCUCGAGUGAGUGAAUAUUUAGUUUAAAGGUUCACAGUUAUUGUGUUUUGAAACUUCAUUGUGUGCCUGUACAAUGUGGAACUAUACAUAAGACACAAAAUUGUCGCAUGUUGACAGGGAAGUUUAUUAUGCAUUUUUCAGGCAUCCAUUCAUCACAUCACGUGCCAUUGUGACUGGUAACUGGAUUCAUACACCACUGGCUGUAAUUCAGUGCUUGUACUCUAAGUAUAAAUAAUCGUUCACUGGGGGAUUAAAUUCCAGAUCACUGUUGUUUUCUGACAGUGUUUUCUGCUGAGGGAUUUAAAUUGUAACUUUACAUUUAUAACUUUUACCCAGAAAGGCACAAAUUUCUAAUAAAUGACUAUUUUCAAUUAAA